GUAUCACGAAUAUUUCCGAGCCGUCAAGCUUCUCAAGCUUCACAUCCCACAUAGCACCACCGAGCAACAGAGCCGACCCGACAUGGCCCUCGCAUCGGCGCAGAAGGCUAUCACGCCGGCCUUACGGCGUGGCCUUAGAGUCCCGCAAUUGGCCAACAGCCGCUCCCUGGUUCCCGCCCUCACGACACUCCGAACCCUCCACCAGAGCUCCCGAGAUGCGGCCCCGAACGGUGGGAUGAUGGGUCUCGGCGGCUCAGGAAUCCCGCCGUCGUACUUCCAGAGGCAGUCGCUCCCGGCCAACACCAUCGUCCGGUUCGUGCCACAGCAGACGGCGUGGAUCGUCGAGCGCAUGGGCAAGUUCAACCGCAUCCUGCAGCCCGGCCUCGCUAUCCUGGUGCCCUUCCUGGACCGCAUCGCCUACGUCAAGUCGCUCAAGGAAUCCGCAAUCGAGAUCCCCAGCCAGAGCGCCAUUACAGCCGACAACGUAACCCUCGAGCUGGACGGCGUGUUGUACACGAGGGUGUUUGACGCGUACAAGGCGAGCUACGGAGUCGAGGACGCCGAGUACGCCAUCUCGCAGCUCGCCCAGACGACAAUGCGCAGCGAGAUCGGGCAGCUGACGCUCGACCACGUGCUCAAGGAGCGAGCGGCGCUCAACACCAACAUCACGGCGGCGAUCAACGAGGCGGCACAGGCAUGGGGCGUGACAUGCCUGCGGUACGAGAUCCGGGACAUACACGCGCCGAAGCCCGUCGUCGAGGCCAUGCACCGGCAGGUGACGGCGGAGCGGUCCAAGCGCGCCGAGAUCCUCGAGUCCGAGGGCCAGCGCCAGAGCGCCAUCAACAUCGCCGAGGGCCGCAAGCAGAGCGUGAUCCUGGCGUCCGAGGCCCUGCGCGCCGAGAAGGUCAACCACGCCUCGGGCGAGGCCGAGGCCAUCCUCCUCAAGGCCCGCGCCACCGCCUCGGGCAUCGACGCCGUCGCCCGCAGCAUCGCCGAGGGCAGGGGCGCCGCGCAGGGCGCCGUCAGCCUCAGCGUGGCGGAGAAGUACGUCGAGGCCUUUGGCCGGCUCGCCCGCGAGAGCACCGCCGUCGUCGUGCCCGGGAAUGUCGGCGACAUCGGGGGCAUGAUCGCCACCGCCCUCAGCGUCUACGGCAAGGUCGGCGACGCGCAGGCGAAGACUAUGGCCAAGCAGCUCGUGGAUAAUAGGGGCGGCCGCGAGGCAGGCGAGGACGUUGGCGGUCUGGAGGGCGCCUACGAGGAGGACAGGGGAGCCGCGGCAAGGGACUCCAUCGUUGCGGAUUUUGAUAGGGCUGCGGAUAGGAGGUGAGACGGUGGCCGGUGAUUACGACGAGGUUGGUAAGGCAUUUUAAUGUGGGCGGCCUGUACAAAUUGUAUCAGUACCUAUGAUAUUACCACUUUGAGGGGGAUGGAAAAGAGGGUGGGGAUGAGACGAGUACGAGGCUCAGAGCACGGCGUUAUCAAGAAGGACACACUCAGUUUUGUUGCAAUGGAGGACAAAGCUCUCACUCAACUCCUCCAAGCUUUUUGGGCUAUUAUGCCUGAUACCCCCGAAAUAAAAUAACAAGGUAUUACGGGUAUCGUCAAAAAGUCUAGUGAAUAUCUGUUGUACACGGGUGGGGGAGAAGCCUACGGAGAAUCUCCCUAGAUAGAGACAUCAUCACAAUCGAACCCGCCAGCUCUCCCCGCC